GUUAUUCAUUCAUUCUUCGUCACUGCCCUUCGUCUUCAUGGUCUCAGAACAACCUUGAAUUUACCAAAAAAAAAACAAAAACAAAAACAAAAAAAUGCCUUUGAAUUCGAUUCUGUGGUGUCAACUCAACUCGAUUCUUCUCAGUGUGUUGUUUCUUUUUUGUUGUUCUCUUGACCUGAGCUCCGCAAACGAUGAAUUGGUUGGAGUCACUGAUGAUGUCUUCACUGUUUCCAGCUUCAGCUACCCUCAGACUACUCUCGGACCCUUUGAUAUGCGCUACAUCAGAGUUGACAUACCACCAUGGUUUUCUGCAGUGUCCUUAGCAUUGAACUCGGAUGUAGACCUUGAUGUUUCAAGAGUUGAAAGGAUUCCAAAAAGCUCACUGCCCAUCAUAUGCUUUAGAGAUGGCAGCCCUCCUCUGCCAGAUGCUUUAAACAUAUCUCUGAAGGAUUCAGCUGUCACAGGAAUAAAUGGUCUUGACAACGAGCAGUGUUUUCCUAUGGAGAAAAACAUCACUAUGAAAUUGACAAACGAACAGAUAUCUCCAGGUGCAUGGUAUAUUGGUCUUUUCAACGGAAUUGGAGCUGCAAGAACACAAUCGAGGAUGAUUAUCCGUGGCUCAGCAUACUCAUUCAGUGCCAAUAUAAGCGUGGAAGCAUGCUCAAAUUCAAUGAUGAAAGGGGAGCUAUGUAACAGUACAGUCUAUCCACUUUCAUGCACAGUAUCUGAUGCCUAUAAUUCCGUGAAGGCUACAGUGACGAAGCCACUGAUGGAAAAUGUGAUGACCUGUAAAAGUAACCUAGAUACGUUUUGUGCACACGAAGGUGUACCAGAACUUUACUCUCUGGAUGUAACUAACAUGGUAGAAGAAUUGAUCAUUAAGGUAGAAAAUGUCAAAUUCAAUACUACAACUUCAAAUAACACUUCUAGUGCAAAUGAUGUCGGAUUAAUGGGUUUUGUUCGCCAUGGUGCAAUUCCUUCAGAAACUUUGCAUGAUUAUUCCGGUGAUUUGAAUAAGGCCCCUUUGAUUAUCCGUUAUCCACUGAUUGGACGUUUGUACAUUAGUAUAGUACCAGUUGAUGUUUCAAAAAAGUCUGUAGGGACUUUGGAUGGCAAUUUAAAAGUUUGUUACUCCAUGGAAUCACAAGUACUUCAGUGUGCACUUGGAAAAGCGGGACCAAAUUGCACAAUGGACAGCUACACACUUCAGACAGUUCUAAGGAGAGGAGGUCCAAUUCCCUUUGAAUCAUACUUUUUACCUGUGGUUGAUGGUGAAGGAGCAUCUUCUGCCAAUUUUCCUCUUGAGCCAUUUUUGAAUAAGUCAUCAAAUGAAGGAAGAACUGAUGACAUUUGGACUUAUUUUACUUUGGACAUUCCCCAUGGUGCAGCUGGACGGAACAUUCACAUACGAUUAUCGGCAGAUGUCAAGAUCAAUUAUGAAGUGUAUGCUAGAUUUGGUGGAUUGCCUUCUCUUGAUAACUGGGACUAUUAUUAUGCUAACAGGACAAGGAAGAGUGACCAGUCCAUGUUUUUCAUGCUAUAUGAUUCAAGUGACGACAAAAUUGAUUUUUACAUCAUUUAUGCUAGAGAAGGAACUUGGGGUUUAGGUCUAAGGCAUCUUUAUACCAGCAGUGAUUCUACGAAAGCGCAAACAGUCAUGUCUGUUUCACUUGAAGGAUGCCCAAAACAGUGUUCCUUUCAUGGAGACUGUAAAUAUUCUUUUGAUGCCAGUGGAUUGACAUCGUUCAGCUUCUGCUCCUGUGAUCGAAACCAUGGUGGCUUUGACUGUAGCGUUGAAAUUGUAUCACACAAAGGGCAUAUACUGCAAUCCAUUUUUCUCAUUGGAUCAAACGCUGCAGCCAUACUUCCUGCCUAUUGGUCCCUUAGGGAAAAGGCAUUUGCAGAAUGGGUUUUAUUCACAUCCAGUGGAAUCGCUAGUGGGCUAUAUCACGCAUGUGAUGUUGGCACCUGGUGUGCAUUGAACUUUAAUGUUUUACAGUUCAUGGAUUUCUGGCUCUCUUUCAUGGCUGUGGUUAGCACUUUUGUAUACCUAGCAACCAUUGAUGAAGUAUAUAAGAGGGCAAUCCACACAACUGUUGCUAUCCUCACUGCCCUCUUGGCUGCAACUAAGGCAACUAGGUCUUCCAAUAUUGUUCUUGUCAUUGUGAUUGGAGCUCUUGGUCUUCUUAUUGCAUGGUUGAUAGAAAUCUCAAAAAGAUAUAGGUCCCUCUCCUUUUCAUCUGGAUUAUCACUAAGUUUCCUUCAAAGCAUGCAAACUAUGAAGCAAUGGUUCUGUAAUUUGGUGAAGACACUCCUGAGACGGUUUCGCUGGGGCUUUAUGGUGGUUGGUUUCAUUGCAUUGGCCAUGGCAGGAUUAAGCUGGACGCUUGAAACCAGUGCAACCUACUGGUUUUGGCACAGCUUUUGGCAUGUUACAAUAUACACAUCUUCUUUCUUCUUCCUUUGCUCAAAAGCAAACAUUGAUGAUAAUGAAAUUUCACCACCUUCAAGUGGAAAUUAUGCACUGACUCGUCAGGAUUCAUUUUCAAGAGGUAUUUAGAAGAAAACAUUUGGGAUUGUUGGUGGAUGCAAAAAGGAAAUUGGUGGGUUUUUUGGAGUUUAAUUUUGCAUUAAUGUGACAGAAGAAUGUUAGGGUAGGUGAAUGAUAUGUCUGCUGAGUAGAACUAGAAAUCAACCAACCUAAGAGUGGAUUCUGAGGCCUAUAAGAUGUUAACAGGGAUCAACAAAGCAGUCUCUUGUAAAUUCCUUCUUCACAAGGUUUGCUUUUUACAUUCAUUUUAGGGUAUGUAUUCAGCCAUAAGAUAGGAGAAAUCAUAGGAUAAAUGGGUUGUGGAUUUGGUUAUGUAAUUAUAAUAAAUUAGAAUAUUAAUAUUGAUAGCCUGUGAAUUGCAUUGUAUAUGGAUAGUUUAUGGUGGUAAAACAGUUCAA